CCAGGCUGCUACUGAUCUCUAGGUGACGCUGUGUUGUAGCUGAUUGGCUGACGCGGUCGUGCGGUACGUCCUGUACGUUUUCUGCUGACACGUGACAGUACCCGGAUUUUGGUGACGUCGCAGAACAACAAAGAUGGCAGGAAUAGGAACCAGCACGUACUGGGAAGAUCUGCGAAAGCAGGCCAGACAGUUGGAGAACGAACUUGACCUGAAGUUGGUCUCUUUCAGUAAAUUAUGCACCAGCUACAGCAGCUCCAGAGAUGGACGUCGAGGAGACACGUCAGACACCACACCUCUGCUAAACAACUCUACCCAGGACAGGAUGUUUGACACCAUGUCAGUGGAGAUUGAACAGUUGCUAGCCAAACUGACUGCAGUGAAUGACAAGAUGGCGGAGUACACCAACUCUCCGGGCGCAGCUGCUCUCAACGCUGCUCUCAUGCACACGCUCCAGAGGCACAGGGACAUCCUACAGGACUACACACAUGAAUUCCACAAAACCAAAGGCAACUUUUUGGCCAUCCGGGAAAGGGAAGACCUUCUAGGGUCUGUCAGGAAAGACAUUGAGACAUACAAGAGCGGUUCUGGGGUCAACAACAGAAGAACAGAGCUGUUCCUAAAGGAGCAUGAGCAUCUGAGAAAUCCGAUAUUUUUUUUAGGAAAGCAAGCUGGAAUAACCUUGAUGGCGCAGGCCCACGAUUUGGGAAAAACAAAUAAAAAUGUCUUUUUCUGACACAUUCAUUUGUUCUCUUCAUGCGUUUACUUCAUAGCAGAUGUGAAGUUCUUCUGUUAAUUCAUAACUUAAGGUCUUAUAUGAGCAUGCAUGACAGAGAAGAUCAAAUCCUGAUCUCUAGCAACCUUAGUAUCCCACAAUCUUUUGGCUGACUCUCAACCCCUGCAGAACAGCAUGUGGUUCUUUUUUUAUGCGUUUCCCUGUGUUUGUGCCAGAGGUGUUAGAUGCACACUGCAUGGAAAGUAAAAUUGGAUAGCAGCAGGACACACACACACACACACACACACACACACACACACACAAACAUACCCACACAAAGAAACGAAACACAAAUUUACCACAGAGCUAUUUACAUGGCCAAUACAUAGCAGUGUGACUGAUUAGUAUUUGCAUUUGUUUCCCAUAUCAAGUUCUCAAAGGAAUAAUGCUGCAAUUAUUCCCUCUCAAAGACCUCUCCAUUCAUUUUCUAACAGGCUUUACCUGCUCCCACAAUGCAUGGCUAAUAUUUAUAUACUGAAAUUGAUGUUUAUGUAAUGACCCUUUAAAAUACAGUGUGGUCUAGUUAAAUAACUUUAAUCGCAUAGCAUUUUAUGGAUUUUUUUAUGUCUUUGAAAUAAAGCAGUUACACUUUUUUACUAUAUGUUCAGUUAAAUAUAAAUUUGCAUUUAAAUUAGUAACUAACACAAAGCAACUAGCACGAAGGUCAGUAACGCUCCUGUUUCAACAACAUUAAAUUGUAUUUAACAGGUAUCUUAAAUGUUAAUCUAGGCACCUCCUCCAGCUUGCUUGAGGAAACACCAAGAGAUUCCCAGGGCAGCCGAGAGCUAUUAUCUGUCCAACGUGUCCUGGAUAUGAAUAUGAUCCAGAACCUUAUUCUUUUGGUCACUACCCAAGGCUCUUUACAAUAGUUGAGGGUAGGGACGUUGGACGACCAGUAAAUCGAGACCUUUGCUUUUUCGCUUUGAGUCAAUCUCCCACUCCCCUUGCCCAUCACUCCUAAACAAGACCUUGAAAUAUUUAAACUCUUCCGUGGGACAAUAACGCAUCCCUGACCCGGAGUGGGCACUCCAUCUUUUUCUAGCUGACGACCAUGGCGUAAAACUUGGAGGUGCUGAUUCUCAUUCCGUCGCUUCAUACUCGGCUGCAAACUGCUCCAGAAAAAAUGAACAGAAUCUGUGACAAAGGGCAGCACUAGCAAAGUCCAAAACCCACUGGGAACGAGUCUGACUUAUUGCUGGCUAUGCGGACAAAGCAACAGUUUCUGUGGGAUCGAAUGGGUCUUGGCAACGGGUCCGACCACGCAUACUCCCGAAGCAUUUCACACAGAAUACUCAGAGGGUAUGGCUUCUGCAAGUCCGCAAAACACAUGUAGAUUGCUUGGGCUACCUCCCAUGAACCCUCAAUCAUUCUCAAGAGUAUAAAGAGCUGGUCCAGUGUUCCGUGACCAGGGCAGUUAUUUGGGACAAAAACCACAUUGUUCCUCCUGUAUCCCGAUACUCUACUUUCCAGCACCCUGACAUAGCUUUUGGGAGGCUGAGGAGUGUGAUCACCCUAUAGUUGGAGCACAACCUCUGGUCCCCCUUUUUAAAGAUGGGAACAACCACCCCAGUUUGCCAAUCAGACCUUUGGAUUGUCAAAGAUCUUUUACCGUCCAACAAAAUUCUUAGUUAAAGUCAGCAGUGCUCCACCCACACUAUACACAGUGCAGGUAGACCACCACUUUCCCCUCCUGAGUCAACUGAUUGUUUUCCAGAAACCAUUUGAGGCAGUCAAAAAGUAUUUUUCCAUGGCCUCGCCAAACUCCUCCCACAGCCCAGUUUUUGCUUCAGGCACUGCCCGAGAUGUGUUCUGCUUGGCCUGUUGGUAACUAUCGGCUGCCUCCAAAGUCCCACAGGCUAACCAAGCUAGGUUAGGACUCCCUCUUUAGUUCGAUUACGCUCUUCACCUUCAGUGUCGACCAUUUGGUUCAGGGGUUACACCCAUGCCAGACACCAACUACCUUGCAGCCACAGCUCUGUGUAGCAGGUUCAGCAAUGACUCAAUGUCCCUAGUCUACCAAUGGAAUGUUGUCGAAGCUCUGCUGGGAGUGGAAGUGGCCUAGGGUGUACCAUAUGUCUCUGUGUUUUUUGUUUAUUUGUUUGUUUGUUUGUUUUUUGACGGUAUGUCUUUAUAGCACCUAUUUAAUGGUACUGAUAAACAGUAUCAGUAAAUUUAAUACUGCAGUGAAAGUGUCCAUGGCUCCUUCAUCUCUGUAUUCUGUAGGUCUGUAGUCAGUUUUAUUUAAUACAGUGCCAAAUUACAACAACAGUCACCUCAAGGCGCUUUAUG